CCAGAACAAGAUAGUCCAGAUCAUGCUUUAAUUGAUUCUUAUUUAGAUAUUUUUACACUUUAAAAGUUAUAAAACAAAUUGAAAUUGAUGAUCAGGAUAAAAAGGAUACACUAGGUCACCAAAAAAAUGCAUUAUUCUGCUUCAGAUCUUCAGAUAUCCAAAAUGGCAUUAGAAUUUGAUUGAUUUUUUAAAGCUUCAAAAAGAAAAUUUCGACUCUAUUCUCGGUUUUUUGUGAAUAAAAUAAUUAACCAAAAAUUUGUUGAACAAUGGGAGUUACUUAUAACAAGAAUGGAUUAGUUGUUUACCAGUUAACAUGAUUUUUCUUCUUAAGAAAAUAAUUAUUUAAAAUGUUGUUUUUAUAAUUUAUAAAAAGCAUUGAGCUUUUCCAACUCUGUAACCGAUUUGAGAUCCUAAAUUUCAUACAUAGUGAGUCAUGCACUGUACUUCCCACAUAUUAGAAAAAAUUCCUUUCUAUUAAGAACUAAAGCUUUAAGGAUGGAUAAACACCGCCCCUAUUUAACUAAGGGUUCAACCCAACCAAACCCAGCAUCGUUUUCGAAGAGGCUUCAUGGGGCGUUUGAGUUGUUUGCAAGAGGAGCAACCCGGUUAAUUGAUUAUGAUGAGCAGAAAGCAGGAAAAAACGAUAUUCUUGUACUGGGACACUCUAAGCCGCCUCUGGAUGUUUUGAUGGAGCAUGUUCAGUCGAAUAAGUAUGCAGAUGUGGCCGUCACCGUCAAGGGCCAUUCGUUCAUUUGCCACUCCCUUGUACUUUGUAUUUACUCAAAGCGGAUGGUAAAAGAAUUGGACAGUAACUGCAUGUUUAUUAACACGCCGCAGCUGACCGCAAAGGGUUUUAGCGAGGCCUACCAAUGGAUGGUUUCCGAACAUGCCGACUUGGACCCCUCUAACUUCAUCGACGUCAUGAGAGCUGCGUAUUAUCUGAAAAUCCCUGAUUUGAUCGACAGUUGCUGGCAAAUUCUGAAUAGUGAGCUGUUUGACGAGUUCUCAGCCUUUGGCUUGAUGUACCAAGGACGCAAUGCCCACGAACUAGCGAAAAUUCACGACCUGCUGGCAGGACGCCUCUCCAAAUCAAUGUUGAGAGUGGCCUCAAGCCGGGAAUUUCUGGGCCUCAGUGAACGGCAGGUGUGCGGCAUACUGCAAUCAAAUAGCCUGGCAGUCAACUCGGAAAUGGAGGUUCUGUACAGCGCAUUGAUGUGGCUCAAUCAUUUAUGGCCAAAGCGCAGUUCGAGCACUCAUAAAAUUUUAAAAAACAUUCGUUUCGGUUACUUGCCACCCACAAUGUUAAGCAAGUUUAAGUCCCGGGAACGAAACAAAGUAGGUUCUUUCGGACCAAUUCUGAAUGUGUUUGCUCAGCUACCCGGUCUUACACGCCUCAUUCAGGAUGGAGUGUUCUACAGCAGUUUAAUAAUGACCUCCCACAAAGACUCCAAAUAUCUUCUAGAAAGCAUAGAGUAUAACCAGUUGAAGCUGAUCAACCCUCGCAAAUGGGUACGUGAUAGUAAAUGUGGAUACCACCAUGUCGUAAGCCCGUUGUGCCCAAAUAUGCGUUACAUAUCAUUUCAACAAUUUAAAGAGUACCUGUAUCAGCUGCAGAUCGCCGAUCGUUAUUUUGACCAAUUCAUGUCAUAUGCAGAAGACAUAAAAGAUGGUAAAGAAGUUUCUGAUUUGCAGGAUAAGCAAAAUGUGAAUGAAAAACUGCUACAUUCAAGAUUAUCAGAGCUGAGCCUGUCGCAAUACGUACUACUGGUGAAAAACAACUUUAGCCAGUUUACAAAAAGUAAGAAAAAAGAAAACAAAAUGAAAAAUAAAGUUGUAAGAUUUAACUAG